AUGGGUAAGGCCUUUAUGAGGAGCCACAUAGUCCAUGCAUCCAAGAACUCUUUCACAUGCCAGGAGACUGGGAAGGAUUUGCCUGGUAGCUCUAGCCUUCUCCAGCACCAGGUCACUCCACAAAAGGACGCCAAGUGUGCAGAGGCCUUUCACAAUGGACAUAGCCUCUAUAAAUACUAUGUAUGUGAGAAAGCCUUCAGCUGCAAACACAACCUGGCUCAUCAUCCGAGUGUCCACACUGGAAGGAGGCCUUAUGAAUGCAGUGAAUGUGGGAAAACCUUCAGCUUUAAAGGGGUACUUGUUAAGCACCAGAGAAUCCACACUGGAGAGAGGCCUUAUGAGUGCUGUGUGUGUGGGAAAGGCUUCAGCUGGAAAAGCUCACUCGUUGAGCACCAGAGAGUCCACACCAGAGAAUGGCCUUAUAAGUGCAGCGAAUGUGGGAAAGCCUACAAACACAAAAAUUCACUUGUUAAGCACCAAAGAGUCCACACUGGAGAACGGCCUUAUAAGUGCAGUGAAUGUGGGAAAGCCUUCAGACACAAAAAGUCACUUGUUCACCAGAGAGUCAACACUGGAGAAUGGCCUUAUAAGUGCAGUGAAUGUGGGAAAGGCUUCAGACACAAAAAGUCAUUUGUUCAGCACCAGAGAAUCCAUGUUGGAGAACUGCUUUAUAAGUGCUGUGAAUGUGGGAAAACCUUUAUUUCUAAAGUAAACCUUUUUCGUCACCAGAGAGUCCACACUGGAGAAAGGCCUUAUGAAUGCAGUGAAUGUGGAAAAACCUUCAUUUAUAAAGAUGGUCUUGUUCGGCACUGGAGAGUUCACACUGGAGAAAGGCCUUAUGAGUGCAGUGAAUGUGGAAAAGCCUUUAGCCGCAAAGACUCGCUUGUUAAGCACUGGAGAGUCCACAAUGGAAAAUAGCCUUAUAAGUGUAGUGAAUGUGGGAAAACUUUUGUUUUUAAAUAUUAA